AGAGACGCGCAAAUUCCAAAUAUACAGGCGUCAAAGUCGGGAUCGAACCACAACCUCCUGUAUACCAGGCGAUGUCGUUAACAUUUUGCCACCGUGGUGCCCAAACGCUGUACAGUAUCUGGUUGUCAUUAACCUCAUUUUAGCCGUGUGUAAAACACUUAAGACCAGCACUGCCAAUCUCCUGGGGUCAAGCCCUGAUUCUAUGUCUCUUGUCAAAAGGCUCACAAUUGACAUGCCCUUAACAAUCACCACUAAAUUUGAAUCUUGGAUUCAAGCCCUCACGUGGGUAUAUAUUAGGAGGCUCAUAAUGGCCGUGUCAGAUCACCGAACCAGAACCUCAAUAUAAUUUAUAUGUGUGUCGUGUCAGCAUAUAAGACAGUUGGUGCAGCAGAAGCGAUUACAUAACCUCCUGCUGACUAGGGGAUAAUCUUUGCAAAGUAGGAGAUUGCUCAUUUUUCAGGAAGCUUCGGAGUGAAUCCCAGGCAUUUAUUGAUCUCCGGUGAGGGGGGACCUCCCUUCAGGCUGGAGACUGAAGACGGGAUGGAGGGAGCAAGGGGAGCCGUGGCUGCCCCUGGGCUUGUGUCUUGCAUGGCCCUCAACGACAACAAGGCUGGAAUGGAGGGGCUGGAUAAGGAGCGCAUUAACAAAGUCAUCCUUGACAUCUCCAAGGGGUCUCGUUUUUAUGAGAAUGAGCUGAAGAAGGAGCAGCAGGUGAACCAGAAGAUCGAGAGGAUGUUGCAGCAGAAGGGUCAGCUUACUGAUCAGCAGAUCCGACAAGCUGAGCUGCAGAUGGACAGUCUGGUGGAGCGUCUGGAAAAGUCCCGCGAUCUCAACCGCACCAUCGUGCACGUGGACAUGGACAUGUUCUAUGCCGCCGUGGAGAUGAGGGACUUCCCAGAGCUCAAGGACAAGCCCAUGGCCGUCGGCUCCAUGAGCAUGCUUUCAACGUCAAACUACCACGCCCGCAGGUUUGGCGUGCGCGCCGCCAUGCCUGGCUUCAUCGCCAAGAAGCUGUGUCCUGAUCUUGUCAUCUGCCCACUGAAUUUCAACAAAUACUCCGCUGUGAGCAAGCAGGUCCGAGAAGUCCUUGCCGAUUAUGACCCAAACUUUCUACCAAUGAGCCUGGACGAGGCUUACCUGGACAUCACGGCUCACCUGGCGGAGCGGCAAGCCUGGCCCGAAAGCCGCCGCACCUUCGCCGCUCACGAGGGACUGUGCCAGGGGAGGGACUGCAACGGGUGCAGGGUGGCUCAGACCAGCUCAGCGGUGCACAACGCCCGUGACACAAACUCAUUAAGGGUGCUCGGAAACGGUGGCACGGCGGAAAGCACGUGUGACCCAAAUGUGUCACCAGCGGGAGGCUUUACGACCAAUAAACAAACAGAUGAAGCAAACGAUGGUGCAUCCUUCGAGAGUUACUCACCAGAACUGUUCGAUAGCACCCCGCCGCAGGUCGGUGGAAGUGAAAAUGCCGCGUCAGGGUUUGGCGCCAGCGCGAGCCGUAACGGAACGCCUGAGCGCUCAUCGACGGCAGUGGUGUUUGGGCUGAGUGUCGAGGAGGCCGUCAGGGAAAUGCGAUUCCGCAUCGAGCAGAAAACGGGUCUCACAGCCAGCGCCGGCAUUGCCCCCAACAUGCUGCUGGCGAAGGUUGGCAGCGACAUGAAUAAACCCAACGGGCAGUACCGCUUGGAGCCCACGAGGGAUGCCAUCCGCAACUUUGUGGAUGAGCUGCCGAUACGCAAGGUGAGCGGCAUCGGGAAAGUGACGGAGAAAAUGCUGAAUGCGCUGGACGUGUUCACGUGCGCCCACCUGCACCGGCAGCGAGCUCUGGUGGCGCUGCUCUUCUCCGAGGGGUCCUGUCAGCACUUCCUGCGCAUCUCCAUGGGCUUGGGCUCCACUCACGUUGACAGGGACGGAGAACGGAAGAGCAUGAGCACGGAGAGGACGUUCAGUGAGAUCAACAAGCAAGAGGAGCUGUACAACUUGUGCUGGGAGCUGUGUGGAGACCUGGCCAAUGACCUCAGCAAGGAGGGACUGAAGGGGCGCACAGUGACCGUGAAGACAAAAAGCGUGAGUUUUGAGGUGAAGACCAGAGCGAUGUCGCUGCCCGGGCCCGUGGCCUCAAGGGAAGAGAUUUACGCGGCCGCCAAGGAGCUACUCAAGACAGAAAUGGACAACAUCUCUCCCCAGCCACUCCGACUACGGCUCAUGGGGGUGAGGCUGUCCGGGUUCGUCGACCGGACGGAGCAGAAGCAGAAGCAGCGAUCAAUCAGCACGUUCGUACAGAGCACGCGCAGCAGCAGCAGCAGGAGGGAGGUCGCCUCGCCGCACAUCGAUGUCUUGCCGCAUGGCUCAACAUUCGGCGAGCCGUCGACUCAUCCACUUAGUGAACAAAGUGCUCUGGGUUCUGCUACUGGGGCUGUUCUGCCCGGCCAAGUGGAGGAGGAGAGCGGACGCCCAGAAGUUCGCAUCAAGUCGUUCUUCCAGCGGGUUCAGGCUGAGCGACAGAGCCAGCUCGACAAGCAGCCGUCACCCAUGGCACCUGGGCCCACAUUGGAGUCCGCUGGGCGGUGUGCCAGUGCCACCCGACAGCCCUCGCCCGUCUUGACGGCGAACCGCGGCGUCGAUGGCCGUGGCGGUGGUGGCCGCCCGACCCGGCGCGGCAAGGGCACCGUCCCAGUGUACACGUGCCCGGUGUGCGACAUGCGCCAGGACAGCAGAAGCCUGUCUGAGUUCAACGCCCACAUCGACGAGUGCCUCGGUGAAACCGAACACUCGGGUUUUGCUGUCGUGGGCGGUUCCAGCGGCGGCGCGGAGUGGGGACACGGGCUUGGAGGGAAGGAUCGCCCGACUCGAAAUGUGUCGCUGGCCCAAGAUGAUGGCGGCGAGCCGAGGCAGAGAGCGUGCGCCGCCGCCUCCGGUGCCGAGCAGAACUUGCACCGAGGUGUAGAGCGACGUGCAAAGCAAACGACGUGCAAAACAAAUCGACCUCCAUGCCAUUCGGAAGAAAGCGGGCAGGCGUGUGCCGCUAAAGAUGCUGCCGACCCCAAGGGAUCUGAGAGCAAGCGAAUCCAAUUGCGGGAUUUUAACAAUGCCGCCGUCCAGCUGGUAGACGCUCUCGGAGAAUGCGCGGUUCCCCGCUAUCGGCAGGGUGUAGGUGGACCGCUGGCGGAGCACGCCGGAGACCGUGAAGCAGCCUGCGCUCCAAGCGGGACGAUGAGAGUGCCUGCCAUGGCCGGCGCUCCCACCUGCCCAAUCUGUCUCUGCCCCCAAGGCUCGUCCGACCUCGUGGCUUUCAACAGCCACGUGGACGUCUGCCUCAACAGGAGAGUCAUCGAGGAGCUCGUGGGCCACGGGCCAGGGUCAACAGAGGCAGGGAAGCAGCCUAGCAUUUCCAACGGAAGGCUGAAAAGGUCGCACGUCGGCUCCAAGAAGUCUUCAGCGAAACGGGCGAAGCACUCUCCAUCAAAACCUGGCAUCGAGCGUUUUUUUCAAACGAGCUGAAAGAAAGGCUGUCGGCGGAAGGAGUUAUCAAGUUGAUCUUUCUUUUAUCAUAACAGCGGUGGCGAUGAUGAUUAUAAUGAUAAAAGGGAAAUUAUGUCAGCUGUGACAACAGCGUCCAUAAGAAUAUAAGCACUUUUUCACCAAUAUCCUAACGUGUACUCGCUCUUUUUAAUUGCCCAUUAUGUUAUUCAACACCAAUGCAUACUUUACGUCCUCCGAAAAUAAUUUAAUUUACUUUAAGUGAUCACGUUCGCAGUAUUUCGGUAGUGGAUUUUGACGGUAAUAUUUUAAGUGUCCUAAUCGCUUUAGCAUUCAUAGUAAUUCGUUGCUUCUAUACGGUGAGCAGUGAUUGCUUCAGAAUUGGUUUCUAUGGUCGUGCAUCGAUGACCCUGGCUGUCUAUAAACGAAUCAUCUUGGCCGACGUUCUCACAUUGUGCGUAUUUUAUCUUAACCAGAUUCGUGUUAUAGGUCCUCUCACAACGUGUUGGACCUGCAAUAUGUUUAUCCUCGACGGUAUAAUUAUGCCCUGCAUAGUAUUUAAAAAAUAGAUAUGUUACGUUGAUAAAUUAAAAACAUUUAUGGUUACAAUGAAGUUAAUUUAUGCGCAUCGGUGACAAAUUUUACAUCUUUAUGAAAGUUAUUUAUUGUUUAUGCAAUGAAGACAAUUAUACCUUUAGUUUUGGUGAUCUCUGCCUGCAACUCUACACUGUGUGCAACACCGGGUAGGCUACGUGGAUCCGAGCCACGUCACAUUUAUUAUCUAGUAGAAUUUCUGCACAUGCUGUGAACACCAUAUGGAAUUCCAUCUCAUAAAUUGGUUCUGAAAAAAGGAACCAUUGUAAUGCCUAUUCUAAAUCUCAACCCCAAAAAAGAAUUAUGCGAUGGCACGCGUCUGGUGAUUCGUGAAAUGCACCGUGAUUUAGUUUUAGCUGAAAUAAUUUCAGAAUCCAAUCGUGGAGAUAGUCUUCAUGCUCAGAAUUGAUCUGGCACCGUCUGAUUUGAAUUUACCAUUCAUUUUGAAGCGAAGGCGGUUUCCGAUCAACCCUGCAUUUGCUAUAAACUGUCAAUAAAUCACAAGGACACACUUUUGAGUUUGUUGGACUUUAUCUCAACGAAUCAGGUUUUUUUUUUUCCCAUGGACAAGUUGCUUUGUCAAGAUGCAAAAAUCAAACCAACAAAGUGUGCUGAUUCAAUGAAAUUAAUCUCAAGGGAAAAUGUUGGGAGAUGAUUGUCAUUUUAUAUUAAAUGGGAUAUAACAUUUUUAUUAAAUAAAUUCAAUACAUAUUUAAA